AUGCAAGACAUGGAUGUCCCACAUAAUAUUCAACUAGCAGAUCCAACGUUCAACGUGAAAGGCCCUAUCGAGCUGCUUUUGGGAGCACGGAUAUUUUAUCAGGUGAUAGAGGCGCAACAGAAAAGAUUUGGAAGGGGACCCACCUUCCAGAAUUCCAAGUUUGGGUGGCUGGCAUGUGGACUGCUUCAACAAAAGGAAAAUGACUCCUGUGGCAGUCCAAUAUUUCAAGAAUCGACUCUAGGGUGGAUAGCGCAAACCCCGUCCAGCCAUACGGACCCAACCACCACAACAUUGAAAACGGAUGACAGUGAACCAGACGAAUCAACGUAUCCGGAAGAUGAGCUCGAUAAGCUUAUCAAAAAAUUCUGGCAGCUGGAAGAAGCUGCAGAACCAGAAUCCCAAACUACAGCAUUAAAUAUUAACGAAGUGGAAAACCAUUUCCGCAGCACAAUGAAAGUGAAAACCGACGGCAGAUACGUGGUACGAAUACCGCUACGGGGGGAGAUAUCCUCUCUAGGUGAAUCUCAUUCGCAAGCCCAUCGUAGGUUUCUUGGUCUCGAACGAAGACUUGUACGGAAUCAAGAGAUAUAUCAAGAAUACAGGAAAUUCAUGCAGGAAUACGAGAGCAUGGGCCAUUUGGAGCCCAUUAGCGAUGAAGACUUCAACAGGGCGAAGUACUUCAUACCUCAUUCCUGUGUCAUAAAGCCUGACUCAACAUCCACCAAACUAAGGGUAGUGUUUGACGCCAGCGCAAAAACGUCAAGUGGAGUGUCCCUCAAUGGCAUUCAAGUCAUAGGACCCACGAUACAAAAGGACCUGUUCGAUCAGCUAAUCGAAUUCAAAACACACAACAAAGUGCUGAUGGGAGAUAUUGCAAAGAUGUAUCGCCAGGUGGAAGUAGCUGAGGAGGACACUUGGCUACAAUGUAUUCUCUGGCGGAACCAGCCAAGCGAACCGAUCAAAGCGUUCAGACUCACAACGGUAACAUAUGGGGAAGCCGCUUCCUCAUUUCUGGCCUGCCGGGCCCUAUAUGAAGCUGGAGAAGACUAUAGGGAUACCGACCCUGAGAUUGCAGAUCUCAUUCAACGCUCGUUCUAUGUCGACAAUUUGAUGAUAGGAGCCUCCACCACAGAGGAACUUCAACGAAUGAAAGGAGGAAUUCAAGACGCUCUCUUACGCCACGGAUUCCCUCUUCGGAAAUGGGCGUCCAACGACCUCGCAGUACUUGACGGAAUUCCACCACAGGAUCUAGAACCAUUGAUUCAAAUGGGAGAUCAAGAGAUCAUCAAGACGCUUGGGGUAGCAUGGAACCCCACUCACGACGUGUUCCAGUUCAUCAGUAGCGAGAAGGAAAGGGGCUCACCCAGAGCCCUAACCAAAAGACAAAUGGUGUCAAAGGUUUUGCGCCUUUAUGACCCACUCGGCCUAGUACAACCGGUAAUUGUGACGGCCAAAAUUCUGGUGCAGCAGUUGUGGAACUAUCGAUUGAAUUGGGACGACGAAGUCCCAAGUGAAGCAAUAAAGUCAUGGAAUGAGUUCGAGUCAUCAUUAACAGAGCUCCAAUCAAUUGGAUUCCCAAGGAUGACGACACCCAGUAGAACAAUCGUAUUGGAUCUACAUGGGUUCAGUGACGCCUCCGGCAAGGCAUACGGAUGUGUAAUAUAUUUACACGCUAUCAAUCUUAAGGGAAAUGAAAGCACAACGCUAUUGUGCUCCAAAUCACGCGUGGCCCCACUGAAAGGCACUACGCUUCCUCGUCUCGAGCUGCAAGCAGCCGUGCUGUUGGCAGAACUAAGUAAUAGAAUCAAAGGUAUCUUGGAAAAAAGAAUCACUUCGGAACACUACUACAGUGACUCGCAGGUAACCCUUAGUUGGAUCAAAUCCCACAGCUCCCGAUGGGACACAUUCAUUAAGAAUCGAGUGAACAAGAUUCACAAUUACACAAACCCGAACGAUUGGGACUACGUAUCAACGAAGGAAAAUCCUGCUGACAUGGUAUCCAGAGGAAUACCUGUCAAAAAGCUCAUAAACAGCAAGCUAGACUUCUGGUUGCAUGGACCAGCAUACAUCCAACACAGAGAAUGGUAUCCUCGCAACGGUUAUCAAUACGAUGCCGCUGCGGAAACAGAACAGAAGAAAAGAUCGGCAACAGCACUUGUCAUAUCACAAGGAUCGGAAUACACAGAUUAUAUUACCGAAUACCCUCACCACAACUCGUAUCACAGGACGGUGAGACAUUUCGCUUGGUUGUCUAGAGCAAUCAACAAUCUGAGGACGAUAGACGCUAACACAGGCAUAAACCACAGAAGGUCAGGCCCUCUGACCAAACUUGAUCUUGACCAAGGUUUGGAACUCGUAAUCCAAACGAUGCAGAACACAAUCUACCCAAAUGAAAUGAGAGAUCUAAGAAAAACCGGAGUGAUACCCACUAGAGGAGCUUUUGAACAUCUUAAAGUCAAAGCUGAACGUGGGAUUUUACGUGUGACAGGGCGACUUCAAAACGCCGCGAUAUCAGAUUCAGAGAAAACUCCGAUGUUGGUGCCGAAGUCGCACCCAUUCGCCAGAGUGAUCAUAAGAAACAUACAUGAAAAGCGUUUUCACGCCGGAAUGAAUCUCGUCAUGAAUGAAUUCCGGCUGCAAUUCUGGAUGCGCGACCUUCGGCGCACGGUUCAGGGAGUGAUACAGCAUUGUGUCUCCUGUGCGCGGGCACGACCAAGAAAACUAUAUCAAGAAACGGGACAACUACCAACCCCAAGAGUCAACGAAUCAGCAGCAUUCACCCACACCGGAGUGGACUUGUGCGGUCCAUUCACAGUACUAUUAAAUCAACGAUCGAAGUGCAAGGUCAACGCUUACGCUUGCAUUUUCGUCUGCUUCGCAACGAAAGCAGUACACUUAGAAGUCGUGGAAGAUCAAUCUGCAGCAGCCUUCAUCUCAGCACUACUCAGAUUCACCUCUAUACGAGGAGUACCAGAGGUCGUGUACUCCGACAACGGAAGGAACUUCGUAGGAGCCAGUAGUGAACUGAAUCGCCUACGAAAGGCCUACAACAACCAAAAUUUCCAAAAUAAAAUCAUCGACACAGCAGCGAAGAAUGGGAUCCACUUCUCAUUCAUUCCCCCACGGAGCCCAAAUUUUGGAGGGCUGUGGGAAUCAAACAUAAAAGUCGCAAAGCGACUGUUUAGUGCAGCAGCCAGAGGAGCUCAACUGAACAUAAUGGAACUCCAAACAUUGUUUUAUCAAGUCGCCGCGAUAAUGAAUUCCCGACCCCUGACCGCAAUAUAUGCGGCAGCAGAGAUUCCGACACCACUGACACCAGGGCAUUUUCUGAUCGGUAGGCCCAUGCAGGCAAUACCAAUGCCCACCCAGCCUGAAAACACCGUUAACCUCACCACAAGGUGGAAGCGCGUGCAGCAUCAACUUGAACAGUUUUGGCGGAGGUGGCGUGACGAAUACCUCCACCAAUUGAGAGACUACGCAAAAUGGACAAAGCAACAGACCAAUGUUAAAAUUGGUCAAAUCGUACUUAUCGGCGACGACCACGUCCCCAUAGCAAGAUGGCCCAUGGGAACCGUCACGCAGGUCUAUCCAGGAGAGGAUGGGAUCGUUCGAGUAGCAGUUGUACGAACGGCUGCUGGAGUAUACAAACGCAACGUACGCACACUAGCACCUCUACCUAUAGAGCAUGAGGCGAACAGGGAAGAUGUCAACACUAUACCUACAAACGAAGAACGUAGCCGCACGGCUGACAAUGAAUCUCAAUUGACUCCAGAAACCAAUGAAUGCGAAGAGGAUCCCCCGCCUCAAGCACCAGCAAUGAUUUGGGACGGUCGACUUCGCCCUCGUCCCAAAGGGGGGAGAAAAUGGAAGUAA